UGGUGGAUGGUUUGGUCACUCGUGAGUUCGUUCCAAUUAUUCCUUCUAUCUUUUCCUUUCUUUUAAUCUUAAAUUCCCUAAAACAGUUUUUUUUUUUUUUUGAGUGGGUACACACAUUUGUCGCAUAUUCUUUGUCUUACUGGCAGCGUAUUUCUUACUUUUAUACAAGCUUAAACAAUAAUAAACAAUAUUCUAUGCCUUUAAAGCUUAACUUCGCUUGCAUUUAGCAAAAAACAUUGCUCCCGCAUAACGGGAUAUUGUUUGUCGCACUCCAAUCACUGUCGCUAAUUAGUCUGGCUCGCUGCGCCGCUGCGCAUGCACACCUGUAUUUAUUAUUCGUACGAAAGUAGGUCAAGUUUACGUCAUAGUGACCUAUUUAUUUAGUUUCCCUUUAUAAUAUUUUUCAUAGUUAAUCGCUAACUAUUUAUCGUCUUUCGCUAUGACGGACGACAAGUUAACCAAGUUAAAACAAAAACGGGGGUGUAUAAAAACUAAAGUGACUAUUUUUAGUAAAUAUUUAAAGCAACUUGUGUCCGGCGGUCAGCCUAGCAAAUUACAAUUGUUAGACUUAGAAGGCCGUUUUAAAAAAUUCGAUGCCUUAUAUGCCCACUUCGAUAAUUUACAGUGCGAGAUCGAGAUGCUUUCGGACGACCCCUCCGUCUCGGAGUUGGAGCGCGAGGAGUUCGAAGCCGGGUACCACCCGCUGGUAGCCGAGGCGCGGCGCCUGCUGGGUGCGCAGCCCCAGGAUACUUCCGUGAUACAGCUCGAAGAUGCACAGAUUUUUGAAGUCUUUCAACACCUUCAGUACUUCAACCCGGGGAGCAUGUUGAGACAUGGCAAGACUCGCUGCGACGCGGCGCCGGCGACCGCGACGUCACGACCGACGUCACGACCGGCGGCACCAACGAGCGAACGGCGGUCGACGGCGACGACACUCGCCACCUCGGACUCCACCGGCAACGGACUACUCUUCUGAACUAGCCUUGACCCGAACUUUCAUUGCGAUUUAAGAAGGCGAUACAACCGGCCCUUUCAUACAGUCCACUU